GUCAGAUGGGAGAGAGCUAAGUGGUGGGUGUGUGCAAAGACUUGAAAUAUGUUGAAGAGACGCGUGUGUUAUCUUUUCUCCUCGCCACUGGACGUCCAGGACCUCCCCCCGCCGCGUGUCGUCAGCAGUUUAUCUCAGGGCCUGGCUGAGGCUGCGAAGGAAAAUGGGAGGAAAUCUGAUCCAUAUGGUGGCACUAUAAAGCUCACAGCUGAUUUGCAGCCUUCAUCAAAACCUGGUCAAGGCUUCAUCACUACUCAUGACUGGCAUCCUCCUCUCACACCUGUGCUCUGAACUUCUCACGCUCUCCUCCUGCAGCGCCGGUUAUCUGCUUGACCCCCGGGGCGCCUCUAUCUUCAAAGCUGAUUCUUCUUAGAGAAAUAUGAAGAUACUGAGCAAGGUUGCUUUCUUGCUUUUGCUCGGGGGAAUCUGGUGUCAGAACAACCGUAAUGCUAAUGCUGGUGGCAAGUCCACCAAGAAGACUGGUGGGAACCAAGGAGGUGAUGUUGGCCAGUCUCCCCCCGCAGUUGAUCUGACUCCUGAAAGCACUGGAGGCACUGGAAGCACUGGAAGCACUGGGAGCUCUAGAGCCACUGGAGCCACUGGAGGCACUGGAGGCACUGGGAGCUCUAGAGCCACUGGAGCCACUGGAUCCUCUGGAGCCACUGGAGCCACUGGAGGCACUGGAGGCACUGGAGGCACUGGGAGCUCUAGAGCCACUGGAAGCACUGGAGGCACUGGAAACACUGGAGGCACUGGAAGCUCCAGAGUUACUGGAGGCACUGGAAGCUCCAGAGGCACUGGAAACAGUGGAAGCUCCAGAGGCACUGGAGGCACGGCUGAAGCAGGACGGGAGGCUGCCGCAGGAGCUCGGGCAGCUGGACAGCAGACGGAUGAUAUGAGGCUGCACUUCCUCAAGAACACCCAAGUUACAUGUAAUGAUGGAACAGCAGCUGGGUUUUACCUAAAGGAGUUCAGAGGAAGCCGCCGAUGGCUGUUAUUUCUGGAAGGUGGCUGGUGCUGCCACAGCAAAGAGACCUGUGAUUCCAGGUACCAAAAUAUACCCCGACUAAUGAGCUCAUCGGGGUGGCCCCAAAUAAAAAGAGGAACUGGAAUAUUGUCUUCUCAAGCGGAGGAAAACCCACACUGGCAUAAUGCAAACAUUAUAUUCAUCCCGUACUGCUCCAGUGAUGUAUGGAGUGGCACCGGGCCUGCCCCGACGCCUCCUCCAAGGCCACGACAAGGCAAGGAAAAAGAGAGGGAUAGAAAUACUAAUGCUACUGAGUACACCUUCAUGGGAUCCCUGAUCAUCCGCGAGGUCAUCAAAGACCUCAUCCCCAAAGGAAUCAAGCUGGCCAAGGUUGUCAUCCUGUCUGGCACAAGUGCUGGGGGAACAGGUGUUCUGCUGAACAUAGACAGGGUGGCCAGUCAGCUGGAGCAGCUCGGUGCAGAGGCUCAGGUCCGAGGCCUCGUGGAUUCUGGGUGGUUUCUAGAGAGUAAACAGCCGAGAUCACCCAACUGCCCCGAGACUAUUUCCUGCUCACCUGAAGAUGCUAUCAAGAUAGGACUCAGGUUAUGGAACGGGGUUGUGCCUGACAGAUGUCGGACGCUCUAUAAGAAAGGAGAGGAGUGGAUGUGCUUCUUUGGCCACAAAAUGUACUCUACCUUGACCUCCCCUCUGUUUGUGGUGCAGUGGCUGUUUGAUGAGGAGCAGCUGAGAGUGGAGAACAUCUACAUGGGAGGACAGAGUCUGUCCGAGGAGCAGUGGCAGUACAUACAGAACCUGGGCACAGAGCUCAAGAACUCACUGAGCGAUGUCACGGCUGUGUUCGCUCCGUCCUGCCUCUCCCACACAGUGAUUACCAAAAGCAACUGGCUGAGUUUCCAAGUUAGAGGCACUUCUCUACCACGGGCCCUGCACUGCUGGGACAGGAGUCUGGAGGCGAUCCGCAACAACAAAACCCCGGCCAAAGGCUGCCCUUUCCACCUGGUGGACACAUGCCAGUGGCCCCAGUGCAACCCCACCUGCCCAGCCUUGGUGGACCAGGCCACCCAGCAGGAGCUCACCCUAAUCCAGAUGCUGGUAGCCAUGGGCCUUGACCUCCAGAGGCUGGGCCUGGAUCCCCAGGGAGAUGCAGAAUCUCUGGCCAGCAUGGUCAGCGAUGGUGGCUAAGUGUAAAAAUGAAUAGCAGCUUGAGAGGUAGCCAUGCAAGGGCUUACAAGAAGAAAGAAGGUGUCGAAAUUUUAAUGUAACCUUAGAAAUAGUACAGAAAUCUGGUUACUACGUCCUGUGCUGCUCAGCAUUCCAUUAUGCUUCAUGUGUCCUUUAAAUUGGUGACUUGACUGGUGGUAUAUGUCACUGUGUCCGAGUGGUUUGGCUGUCCCUCUACUGGACACUAGAGGAAAAGGCUUUGGGUCUAAAUCAAAGCUGUUUCAUUUGUACUGGUUGAAUAGCUUUGAGUUUUAUCAGGACAUACUGUACCUCCUACAACACACUUUCAUCCUGAUCACUUCAGAGCACAGCAGUAGAGUUGAAUACUUUUAUCGAAUAUAGGCUCCCGCAAAAUGUCAGACACAAACAUGCUGCUUUGACAGGGGUGAUAAGAAAAGAAACAUUUGCACACCAUAUACUGUAGUUGUGAGCGUUUGAAUUAAAGAAAGAUUUAUUCAUGCACUUUCUACCUAACAGUGUUUUCAUAAAAUAGCAAUUAUUCAUGAUGAGUAUUUGGAUUCUUACAUAAUAAAAAAAUACAACUCAGAAAAAAACUGUACUCACACAAUCAUUUUUUGCACACACAGUUCCAAAGACACUGAUUGUGAUUUUAGUGACUUAGUUUUAGUCUCCAGCUCCUGAUGCUAUGCUAACUUAUAUAUGUAUUACAUAAUAUAUAUAUACAUAUUUUAUGUGCAUGUAAGACACAUGCAUGUGUGAUUAGUUAUUGAUAUUUUUCUGUGUAGGCCAGCAGGAGUUCACUUAUUUGACAUGUGAAGUCUGUAAUAAAUAGAGAAGCUUCCCUAAAAAGCAACAACAACGCUGUGGUUAUUCACCACUCAGCUGUCAGGAUAAUAGUGACAUAUAUGGACAUAAUACAGAAUAUGUAUUGCAAUCCUUAAUUGUUGUCAACAUUUAAAAACUCGUGCUUCUUUCACAAUGUCAUUGAAAGGCAUUUACAGAUGUUACUGUAACUGUAUGUUUUAUUUUCAUCUGUAAUAACUGUGUCAAGCGAUAAAGAUUUGACAAGAAUUGUACCUGCUGUUAACAAGCAUCAGACUGAGUUGUUGCUCAUGUUGAAACAGGGAAUAAAGAUAUGAAUUUGCUCUGACAA